GCUUCACUUCCUUAAAUUGCAGCGGCAUGGUAAUUCAAUUUCAUAGCGCACACAACACACUCGAGUAAAGAAGUACAGCAGUACAUUAGUGCUCUCAGAGUUUUAGUGAAGAGAUUAGAUUUUAAAAAUGUUUUGUUUCUGCAUGGAGGAGAUGAAGAGAGACGACGAGGACAUGACGGUGGUCAACUAUACAAUCAUAACCGAUUAUGAAAGCAUUGAAAUCGAGGACAUCAAAACAACGAGUCACAGACAAAUUCAACACACAGAACUCAACACUGCUGGAAGAAACUGUUACAGACUGACUGCAGUGUGUGCGGUGCUGAUGUGUGUCCUCCUGCUGACUGCCGUCACUAUGCUGUGGGCCAAAUACAACAUCAUGUCUAGAGAACAAGACCAGUUAGAGCAGGAGAGAUCUGCAUUGCACCAUGUGCUGUUAAACUUUGGAUGGAGAGUUUUCAAACAGAAUAUUUAUUACAUUUCUACUGAAAAGAAGAACUGGACUGAGAGCAGACAGCACUGUAUAAAGAGAGGAGCAGAUCUGGUGAUUAUAAACAGUACAGAGGAACAGGAGUUCAUCAGUAAAUAUUCCAACGGUAUUCAAGCUUGGAUUGGUCUGACUGACAUAGACACAGAGGGGACAUUUAAAUGGGUGGACGGUUCACCACUGACCACUGAGUAA